GCAAUGAAAAACGCUUUUACUUAAACAAUCCAAUUCCCGAAUUCGGAGGACGGCAAUGGCAAUGGAAUCAACCAAUGAUUCGUUACUAUGAAGUUAAUUACUAAUUUAAUCAAACCAGCAGUCCAGGUGGCCACUAUCUCUGCCAGCUGGCGUACAAACCCGAAACACUCUCUAACUAGAAGAAGCAAUUUCAUUUGCUUUGAAUAUUCAGAAACCAGAAAGUACUCUGCAUUUCCACUCACAGAUUUCCGUGUUCCACCGCAAUUCCUCCUCCAUUACUCUCUUCUGUCCAAGCUCAUCUUCAUCGGAAGCUAGCUCUCGAUCAUCCGAGCCGACCAUUCAUGGCGUCCCUGAGCUUCGCGCCCCAGCCGCUCACCUGCCGGAACCUCGAUUCCCGGGCGAGAUCGGUACAGAGUCGGCGGCGCGGGGUCGGUUUCUGCAACUUCAAGCUCGUGGCCGGCGGCGGCGGUGAGAAUGGAAGCGCGGCAGCGGAGCCGGAUCUGAGCGUGACGGUGAACGGAUUGAAGAUGCCUAAUCCGUUCGUGAUCGGGUCUGGUCCCCCCGGGACCAACUACACUGUGAUGAAGCGUGCGUUUGAUGAAGGCUGGGGUGCUGUGAUUGCCAAGACUGUGUCGCUGGAUGCAGCUAAGGUAAUUAAUGUAACUCCUCGGUAUGCCAAGUUACGGGCUGGAGCAAAUGGCUCAGCCAAAGGACAGAUAAUCGGCUGGGAGAACAUAGAGCUUAUAAGUGACAGACCCCUCGAGAUAAUGCUGCAAGAGUUUAAGCAAUUGAAGGAGGAAUAUCCAGAUAGGAUUCUGAUUGCUUCUAUCAUGGAGGAGUACAGCAAAUCUGGUUGGGAGGAACUCAUAGAUCGUGUAGAGCAAACUGGAAUUGAUGCUCUUGAAAUCAAUUUCUCUUGUCCUCAUGGUAUGCCUGAGCGUAAAAUGGGCGCAGCAGUCGGACAGGACUGUGCACUAUUGGAAGAAGUUUGUGGAUGGAUAAAUGCAAAAGCUACUGUUCCUGUUUGGGCUAAGAUGACUCCUAAUAUCACUGACAUUACACAGCCAGCUAGGGUGGCCCUAAAAUCUGGAUGUGAGGGUAUAGCAGCCAUUAACACCAUCAUGAGUGUAAUGGGAAUCAAUUUGAAAACCUUGCGUCCAGAGCCCUGUGUAGAGGGGUACGUAACUCUUCUUGGACUAUGCGCCGAUUUCUGCCAUGUCAUCUAGGCAUAUAUGCAUUCUUCACAUUGAGCCUCUUGGUAUCAGAUAUUCAACUCCAGGUGGUUACUCUUCCAAAGCAGUGCACCCAAUUGCACUCGGAAAAGUAAUGAAUAUCGCCAAAAUGAUGAAGGCGGAAUUUAACGACGAGCAGUACUCACUCUCUGGCAUUGGAGGUGCCGAGACAGGUGGUGAUGCAGCCGAGUUUAUUCUCCUUGGAGCAAGCACAGUUCAGGUGUGCACGGGAGUAAUGAUGCACGGCUAUCCCAUGGUGAAGAGCCUCUGCGAGGAGCUCAAGGACUUCAUGAGAACGCACGACUUCUCGUCCAUUGAAGAUUUCAGAGGGGCAUCUCUGGAUUACUUCACAACUCACACCGAUUUAGUACGGCGGCAGCAAGAGGCCAUUCAACAGAGGAAGGCUGUGAGGAAAGGUUUGAAAUCUGAUAAAGAAUGGACCGGAGACGGGUUUGUAGAAGAGACUGAGAGCAUGGUUUCCAAUUGAACACCAUUCCUCCUUCUCGAUCUCCUUCUGUGUCCCAUACUUGUCUGAUUAAAAUGAAAAAUUAACGAAUAAAAGAGGCAAGCUAAAGGAUGUUGUCUGUUAAUGAUGAACUGUGGAAGGCUUCUGUGCAUUACUACGAAUAUGAACACGAAUGUUGCGUAAAUCUGAACUGUAAUAUUUGACUGUAAAACUUCAGAAUCAGUGAAUUACCCAUGCUCACUUUGUAUCAUUGUAUGUGAUUAUGUACUUGUGCGCAUGCAGAACAGAGAGCAGCAAUGAUUACUUGUACUAAGUGUGGAACGAAUAUGUUGUGGUUGGCUUGUUAAAUCUAAAUCUAAGUCUUAAGGUUACUGAUAA